CAAUACUCUCGUGAUUUGACUGGGCACUAACACUACCAACAGCUGCUUGCCGAGAACGCCAGACACCUAGCAACCACCCAUGGGCAAAGCUCAUCCGCAGGCCAGAAUCCCGAUCGGUUCCUCAGGCGCGAGUGCCUGCCCAAUAAAUCAUCAUCGCAUAGAAGCCCAGGACCACAAACACACAACUCAACAUAUGGAUUAUACUCUUAGGCGCUGAUAUGCUCUACCCUCUCCAAGCAUAUAAAACCUGGAGACAAAAGGCAAACAAACAAAAAAGAUAUCAUUGGAUUGGGCAUCUUGGCGCCCAAACAGCAAUCGGACUUGACGGAAUACGGCCACAGGAGGACCUCUGUUUUUACUUAUUAUUGACUGGAUGGAAAUGGAAACCAAAAAUUGAGGCGCACACGCAUACGAAAUACAUACGCAAACCCUCAAAAAUCAACAACCACCAAAAAAAAAAAAAAAAAAAGGCUGCCAUAAUAUGGACACAAGACGGCAUGGGACGGGAAUGGCUUAUACUCUCCCCCAGGUGCAAACCUGGUUCAUUAGCUCAUUUGUUUUGGAGUUUCACUAAGCAGGCAUUCUCCGCUGGGAUUUGUGUUUUUACUAUUGUUUUUGUUUGUUUCGUCUCUGCUCAUUUACACUUGGGACGGUUUCACAGGCGCAAAGUCAGUCAUUUUUGUUUAACAACCAGCUGCACUUUGCGCUGCUCUGCACUGCAUUAGCCUCUUUUCACAGAAGAGGAGGGAGUUCGUUUUUGGGAUUAUUGGAUAUGGAAACAAAGCGCAAUUCGAGUUGAGUUGUCUCAGCAGCCGGCCAGACAACAAGCCACGGCAACACAAGGAGGUGGCCAUACC